CUCUUUGCGACCUUCAUCGGAUUGGCUUGGUACAAUGCGAUAGAGCUCAUUGUUCUUUGUUUUACAACGUUCAAACGGUGGAGGGGCGCUUACUUCUGGAGUCUUCUUGUCGCAUCAACCGGUAUUAUCCCAUAUGGCCUCGGUUUAUUCCUGAAGUUCUUCAACAUUGUCCGUCAUAAUUAUCUCGGAACACACACCCUGGUGACCAUCGGUUGGUGUUGCAUGGUGACAGGUCAAUCAAUGGUCCUGUGGUCACGACUCCAUCUGAUUCUGUUGAAUCAACAAUUCCUACGCGGCAUCCUCUACUUGAUCAUCUUUGAUGCAAUAAUAUUCCAUAUACCGACUGCGGUGGUUGCAUUCGGCACUAAUGCACCAAGCCAUCCUAUCGUUUUUGUCAAGGCAUACAAUGUUCUUGAAAGAGUACAACUGGUUGGAUUCUGUAUCCAAGAGACAUUCCUAUCCGCAGUAUAUAUCUGGGGUACAUUGAAGUUCCUAAGGUAUACUGAUGGAAACCGUUAUCGGUACAUCUUGCAUGAACUCCUCAUCAUCAAUGUGAUUAUUAUUCUUCUGGACGCCUCCGUGGUUGGCACGCAAUAUGCCGGACUGUAUUCCGUGCAAACCACCUUCAAGGCGUUGGUGUAUAGCAUCAAGCUGAAGCUCGAAUAUGCUAUCCUUAGGAAGUUAAUCAAGGCUGUCAAG